AUGCUGUCUGAUGUAACGCCGUUCAUUACAUUUUUACACUACCACUCCACUAUCAGGGAUGUAGCUAAAGUUUUUAACAGGCGGGAAUUUAGCAAUGAUAGGCGGGUAUUUGAGCUUGGGGAUGAAGCCAGUGAGUCGCGCAUGCGUGCAGCUUGCCUUAUCGAUGAGGGCCAACGCCUGGUAGACCGUCAGAGUGGUCUUUACUCAGUGUACUCUGAUGCCAUCCAUAAGUACAAAUCAAGCAAAGAUGCCACUGCCUUUGCUAAUGCCCGCAAGAAGUUGGAUGGAGAUUACCGGUCCAUCAGUAAUCAGAUCAUUCAGGUGCAGAGCUCCCUUAACAAGGAACAACCUGAAGCUGCUGAGAAGCUGACCGACCUUCAGCGGAAAGAACAUGAGAAGAAGCAGUUACUGGAUGCAGCCAUUGUUUUGGCUGAAAAAGUGGUGAAUGGUCGCAUUAGCAAGCAUGGAUAUGUGGAGAGCGAAUCUAACAACAAGGUUUAUCAUAAGUUGCAGACAAAGCCUUCAUUAGCAGAAAAACUGGAUAAAUAUCUUGAUAACUUCAAUAAAUCUGGACAGAUACCGUUUGGAGAUCUUAUAUUAUCCUUGGAAGUUCUUGGUAAAUCAAAGUCCUUGCUUAGAAGAUUUCUGCUUCAAAAUCCUCACUUGUCAGAGAGCCAGUUCCACUUGACACUCAAACUAUAUGGCUUACCUAUAGAUGAAACACAAAAUUGUACCAACAUUAGUGAUUUUCUCAAUGACUCUUUCCACUUGAGCCAAACAAGAGCUGCUGUGCAACUGUUAUGCAAAAUGAGGGAUAGGCUUACUGAAGAUAUGAGAGCUUUUCAAGAAGGAACAGUAAAGAAAUAUGUUUCAUCAAGUUCUUUGACAAGUCAAGUAGAAUUUCCAAGUUCAAUGACCUCAGCAGACGUUUCCAUAGAUGCAGCUGCACAUUGUUUAUUCAAGCAUGUUCAGCAUCAGUUAAAUUUUGGACCCAAAGAUUCCAGCAAGAAUAGGAAACUUCUCUGUGAUAAGCUGACAGAGCUAGCUAAACAGGACAAUGGACUGGCGAGCAUAAUCUCAUCACUGGUGUUGACUCCAGAUGACUGUCAAUCCACUCAAGAAGCUCAGACUGCUACUCAGCUAAUUUUGAACUGGGUCCUAGAAUUUUUUGCUAGAUGCAAACCAGAUCCUCGUUUGCUGAUCAUUCCUCUCCACAUGCUCAGUAGAGUGGCUUUUAUGUAUCCUGCCUUUUUCCAACUGUACCUGUCUCAUCUACUGAGCUGGGCAGAACGUAUGACCCCUUAUGUCUGCAGCCAUGAAGAGAAGUGGUGCACUUCGAGAGGAAUUCAGUGGAGAUACCAGGUCCACGAACAUUCGGUGAAACUUCAAGACAUUAGACAUGAGCACCUUACGUUUACAAAUCUCGCUGAUCACCUGAGGCACCUAGUAACUGGACCUGUGUCUAUUGCAGAUGCAACAUACAGCGAACUUCAACAUCGGUUUGCUGAGAGAGAAUCAGUAAUUGAUAGUCGUCAAUGUAGAAAUGCUUGUGAUUCACUGAAUCUGAACAUUUGGGAAGACCUUGGAGCUUUUUUACGUCAAGAUACAAACCACUGACAAUUUAGCGAACUUUAAUGUGUUUUCCUCAAUAACUUUUCUUGCAUUUCCUUCAUCUCAGUCAUUAAAAAAAAAUACGAAAAAAGUGUUUUAGUUGAUGGAAAUGUUUACACUUCUAAUUAAUCCACUAACUUCUGCGCCAAACAAGAGGCACAGAUUUAAAGUUUUACUGUUUGCCUUAAACUUUCCGUUGCUCUCUCAUUUCUCGAGGUGAAAAAGUAAAUGAGGUUAGUUCGCAGUCUUUGAACCGAGAAAUGAAGUUAUUGCUAUAAGCAAUCAUUAUAGAACUCUGUGGAUUACUUAAAGUUAGGUUGAUGAAACGAGAAAUGUCGUUAACCAGCAAUAACAGCUCUUUGACUUCCUUAACACAGAUGGUCACAGACGGAUUUAGAGCAAUCUUCAAUUGAGCGUCGAGAGUAAUAUGAGAUAUUGCAUCGGUUUUGCACAACUCUCUCCACCAAUCAGAUGCAAAAUUAGAACCAAUCGCGACUUGGUCGCCCGCGUUUUCCCGCGCUUU